AUAGAAAAAUGUAACAAAAAAAUUGAUUGUUGUGGAUGGAGCCAAACUUGAGAUUGUAGGUCAAAUCAAAGUGUUGGUUAGUCUCAAUAAUCUGAUAAAAAGGAAAGAGUUGGUUGUUUUGAAAAGCAAGAAGAAUUUCGUUCCUCUUUUGGGAAGAGACUGGAUGGAAACGUUUUAUCCUGAAUGAAAGAACAAUUUUAUGAAGCAUUUGAAUAUCAACAACUUGGAUUCGCAACAAACAGUGGAUGUUUUAGGUAAAAUAAAAGAAAAAUAUUAUAAGGUUUUCAACAAAGAUUUAUCAGAACCAAUUUCAGGAUUUGAGGUGGAUUUAACCUUCAAAAUAGACCAACCAAUCUUCAAAAAAGCCUAUCAGGUACCGUACAAAUUGAAAGAGAAGUUUUCGGUUCAUCUACAAGGUUUAGAACAGAAAGGCAUAAUAACACCGAUUAAAUCUAGUGAGUGGGCGUCACCGGUCAUUGCGAUACUCAAGAAAAAUGAUGAAAUACGUAUGAUUUCAAUUGGAACAAACGUUUUCACAGCACAUCGUCAUCAACUGAAAAUGGUACACGAACCUCGAAGACGUUGGAAUGUGAUGGUACGAACCGGGAUUCCACGAGAAAAUGAACGGCAGGGCAAACGGCGACGAAGUUCCUCUGAGGACGAGUUCCUGGGGUUUCCAGAUAGUCAGGAACCGUUGGCACCACCUCCAAAGAUCCGCUCCGUAGUAUUGCGUAGUCCAAUCAUGACGCGGUCUAAGAGAAGCCGGGCAGAUAUUCUCAAGGAAUAACUCAGCAAGUCGCACGUAUUGCCAGUGCUGUAUUCGAAUGAUGAUAUAGAAUAUCUAAAGAAAUGUUACUAAGUUUUCUAUCGAUUAUUUUAAAAGAAUAUUACCAGCUGUUCCAAAAAAUGGAGGAUUGUCAUAUAUUGAUACUUGCGUUCUGCAAUGUAUAAAAUGAAUCUUCGAACUUGAAGCUUUCGUGUUUACGAGAUUCGAAACACGAAGAUCUUAAAAGAACAAACGGAAUAAAACCAUUCGUAUUCUAGCCGUCUAACCGGAGACAAUCUAAUCCUGUGUUAAUCUGUAGUUAUCCGAAAACUUACCUUUAAGAGUUAUUACAGUGGUGAACAACAUUCCCUUGCUGAUACAUUUUAGUUAUUUCUCAUGGAAGAAGUCGACGAACACGAAGCGGAAAGGUAAAUAUGAUUUAUUUUUUUUCAGUUGAUUUUCUUUACAAUGUUUUAAUGUUUUCAGAUACAUAUAGAGAGGGUUUACUUUGACCCCCGAGGGCCAAUACGGAAGGU